AUCUGCGCGUGGAUACCAUGGCGUUCCAGUGCAGUAUGUGACGGGGAUAACGGGAAAUAUAACUCCGACAGCGGGGUUAUUGUCACAUUACUCUGAGGAACGGAUUGGAUUUAAUUAAAGGAUAAAAUGGGCUCUCGUAUCAAGGAGAGCCCUGGGUCACCCUUUGAGGUGUACAUGGAGGUGGUGCAUUCUGGGACGGCUGGCUCUGGACCAGAAGUACGAAGGAGUUUCCCCGACACAUACACUGACCAGGAAACGCUACAGACUAUCCCAAAAUUUUGUUUCCCCUUCAAUAUGGACAGUAUGACAGUGGGCCAGGUGGGGCAGAACUUCACUUUUGUUCUGACGGAUAUCGAGAGCAAACAACGCUUCGGUUUCUGCCGGCUCUCAUCGGGAGCUCACAGCUGCCACUGCAUCCUCAGCUACCUGCCCUGGUUUGAGGUGUUUUACAAGCUGCUGAAUAUCCUGGCAGACUAUACAACUAAAGGACAGGACAGUCAAUGGAGAGAGUUGUUAGAGUCUCUUCACACGUUAACCAUCCCUGACCCUGGAGUGCCUGUUCAUUUGAGUGUGCAUUUGUUUUUCACAGUGCCUGAUCCUAGGGAAUUACCCAGUAUACCUGAAAAUAGAAAUCUGACAGAGUAUUUCGUAGCAGUGGAUGUGAAUAACAUGCUGCACCUGUACGCUAGCAUGCUGUACGAAAGGCGAAUCCUCAUUAGCUGCAGCAAGCUGAGCACUUUAACCGCAUGUGUUCAUGGUGCGGCAGCCAUGUUGUAUCCCAUGUACUGGCAGCAUGUUUACAUUCCAGUCCUGCCACAGCACAUAAUAGACUACUGCUGUGCUCCAAUGCCAUACCUCAUCGGAGUGCAUUCCAGUCUUAUGGAGAAGGUGCGAGGUAUGGCUUUAGAUGAUGUGGUACUUCUCAAUGUAGACACAAACACUCUUGAAACACCGUUUGACGACCUGCAAAGCCUUCCUAAUGAUGUGGUUUCAUCUUUAAAGAACCGCCUAAGAAAAGUUUCCUCGACGACAGGAGAUGGAGUAGCCAGAGCGUUUCUGAAGGCGCAGGCAGCUCUGUUUGGCAGUUACAGGAACGCGCUACACAUUGAACCGGAGGAGCCAAUUACAUUCAGUGAGGAAACGUUCAUCACACACCGAUCCAGCACAAUGAGACAGUUUCUACAGAACGCUAUACAGCUACAGUUCUUUAAACAGUUUAUAGACGGGCGUCUGGAGCUGUUGAACUCUGGUGAAGGGUUCAGCGAUCAGUUUGAGGAGGAGAUCAAUAUGGGAGAAUAUGCUGGCAGUGAUAAGACAUAUCAGUGGCUUUUCACAGUGAAGAAGGGCAGUGGGGCCAUCUUAAACACAGUGAAGACAAAGGCAAAUCCUGCGAUGAAGACAGUUUACAAAUUUGCCAAAGACCAUGCCAAGAUGGGCAUCAAAGAAGUUAAGAGCAGACUCAAACAAAAGGAGCUUACAGAGAAUGGUUACUCAGAAGAGCCUGGCUCCACCCACCUACCCUCCACACACAGCAAAGACUCCCUCACCUGGGACCAGAGACGUCCAAUCACAGUUCACUUUGGACAGACUGAGCAGUCACGUUCCCCACGGCCCCCUCGGCCACAACGCCCCCCUCCCCCCGAUCCCUCCAAACUACAUCGCAGCACACGACCAGUUCGACCUCCUCGGCCUCUGGUGCCAAAGAGACCGCGAAGUAACAUUGGCAUAGAAGGAAGCCCUGAACAUUACAUGCGUCCAACCCGUCACUAUACAGUGUUUCUGUGCGAGGAUUCUUCGGGUGACGAGCUGUCUCAGGAUGACGACUCCAUUGCUGUUUUUCCUGAACACUUACUGCUUUCUGCUCCUUUUGAAUGGCCCCAGCCAUACAGGUCUCUGAAAGAGGCAGAGCUUGUGGAAGAAGGUGAGGAGGUUGGGGAGCGCUUCCAAGGUAACACUGCUCCAUCCACACCUGUGCUAGACAAGUUCUCUGACCUGAGCCUGUUGCAGGAUGCCUUCCGUAGUCAGCAGGGGGUGUCAGAAUAUACAGAAACCACAAAUACCACAAAACCUUCUCACAGCACACACUCUACACUCAGUUCCGCCAGAAGUUUGGAGGAGCUUCGAGCAGACCCACAACAUGUCAACUUCAACUACCAGCGGAUGGAUCUUACUUCUGGUGAGCGCACGCGCACACUACCUGGUCUUAAAACCACCAAUCCAUACAGCAAGCUCUGGAGCCAAAGAGAAGACCCGUCCACGUUGCUUGGCCAAGAGUCACCUUCCUGGGAGAGACCUCUCUCUAUGCCACCCUUGGAACCCCCAGAGGCCCCGCCACCUAGCAGAGAGAGUUUAAAUCCCAGUGGAGAGAAGACCGAAGGGGCUUGUAUCACAAUCCCUCGUCCCCAAGGUCGAAAAACACCUGAACCGGGUGCAGUUCUGGCGCCUGCUGUGACCCUGCUGCGCGGGGUUAAACAGGCCAGUGAAAAGGAGGGAGUGUCUGCUGGAGGGCAAGAGUUUCGGCAAGCACUGAACAUGUCUCCUCACUCCCAAUCACAAACUCAGGCGGACUUGUUGAAGCCCAGCGAGCCGAAUGAGGGACAGGACUUGCUUAGCUUGUUGGACCCUCUGUGCGGAGCAACGAAGAAUGAGGCCACAAAGGCCAUUACUAAACCCCCUAUACCUCCUCGACCCAACCCCCCAAACCUGCCCACCUUGCCCCCUCCAGUAUCACUGAACCCCUUUACUCAACCACCCCAGUACCAGCCACAAAGGCACUAUAGUCCUGUUGUCCCAGGAAACCCUUUUGCCCCAGCCUACAUGCCUCCCCCGGGUGCCAACUACUUUCCCACUUCUGCCCACCCAUUCUCAGUUUUCGGUCAGACAUCUGCCGUGGGUAUGACCCCAACUGGAGGGGCAUGGCCAGCUGGACGUGUUCCUCCAUCCUCCAGCAGUAGCGGCUCACUUUCAACCCUCUUGGACUCACCUGCUCCUACUACUCUGGCCCAGCCUGCACAAGUCUCUACAGAUGAACCCCGUGACCCAUUCGGUGACCUUCUUACUAUGGCAACCACACCAACUGUAACGACCACGCCCCCCAAAAAGAAGGUAGAUGAUUUGCGAAGAAGGUGGGAAACGUUUGACUAGCUGUCCCCACAUCUUUCCUCUAUGGCUGCUACCAAACAGUGAGGAACUGAACAUUUGGAGCCAGUGGGUAUUUAAGAUUGUGCCCCCAAGUGGCCUGAAAGCACUGUUGGACAUUUUCCCUCUCAGAGUGUAUUGUGCUUUUUUUUUUUUGCGCCUAUCUCACACAAUUAGCCUUAUGCAUACAUAUGCUAAUGAUGUAUUUCCCAUAGCAUCCGGAUGAACGGUGUUGUGCCAAUAGCAGCAAGUUUAACACUGAAAAACCAUAUUAGUAGGAUAACACUGUAUUUUCUGUAGCUAGCAGUCUAGAUUUCCAUAGGGAUCAGACGACAACACUAAAGAUACCACACAGUAAUAUGACCCAAGUCCUACAUUAGCGAUUAGACUGCCAUUGUUGCGUUUAUAACGGCAAUUGCACAUCCUCUUAACAAUCAGUACUGUUUUAAUAAGAAGCUUGUUUUUUAACCCU